AUGGCAAACACCUCUAGCAACGAUUCCGAGCCCACUUUCGACAACCACAUGGGACGUAUUGAGCGUCUCAAGAGUCAGAUGGAAGACCUCCGGUCCACACGCAAGAAUUACGAAGCGGACUACGCCAUGUGGGACCGUAUGGUAAACCCUGAGGGUUUCCGUGAGACUAUAAAGGGCAUUAUCAAGAGAAAUAUCAUCUUGGAUGAAGCAGAGUGGGACAAAUGUAUUCGAAAGAAGGCGAGAUUGACAGAGAUGAUCAAAGAAAUCGAUGAGAGGUUGGUGCUGCUGCAGGGGAAAAUGGACCCCUUGCUAUUAGGAUUGAUGGAGAGGAGGCCAACAGCAGGUGGAGGGGGUGGCGAUCUGAUCGAAUAG